UUUGCAAGAUGAAUACCACUUUUAAAGUGGCUCGAAUGAGCCUGAAUCGGUGUUGGCGCUUUGUUAGCCAUAAGGCGAGGAGUGAAGUUCCCAGUUUGCGGCGAUUACCAGCGGCUUCCGGCCAAAAGCGUCGCUAUGCCGAUCGUUAUACCUUCGACGACAAGACCCAGGAACAAAUUGAGGGCAUGAAAAGGAGUGUGGAUGAGGAUUCGGUUCCCAAAGAGUCACCCUGGCGCGAUGGUGAGUGGACUUCCGAUUUUCCCGAGCGUUUGGAUGAACUGGGCUACGAAUCGCAUUGCAACGAUCGCCUUUAUAUAGCCAAGAACAAGUUCCGUCACGACCAGGAAAGAUACCAGAUGGAGCGUGAGGAGCGUCGCGAGGAGGCCCAGAAGAGGUUCCAAAGUCACUUUGCCCACAGUCACCAACCAGAACAGAACACCGUUCACCGGCGCACCAUCAUGCAGGAUCCCGCCGACCAUCAGAAAAGACAGGAGGCCAUCAUCGAGCAGAAUCGUCGCAGGUGGCAGAGUCGUCCGGAAUCGAGAAGGGAGACGAAUACCUCGGGUAUUACCUAUCGUCCGGAGGCCCGAAAGCAAAAGUAUAUGGAGGAAAAACUGCAGAGGGAGUCCGAGGACUUCAAGCGCAUGAGACGUAAUCCAGAGCAAGCGGAGGAAGAGGCAGACAGUCAAACUUUGGUCUACGAUCCCAACCGUCCCACUGCCGAGUGGUCAAGGAAGCAAAAGGACGCAGACGAGGCGGAAUAUUGGCACUCCUGGAACACCUGUCCAGGUUCCCGGGAGCCGGAGACCACGGAGGAGGUGAAGCCCCAUCUGAGGCGCAAGAAAGUGGUGGGCAUUCCGCCCUCUUAUCCACGGGACUACCAAAGACGUGGCUACCAUCAGAUAGUGCCGCCAGUUCUUAAAGCAAAGACCAUAGUUCUACUGCCCAAACGAAGACCCUCUGGCAUUGAUAAGCAGUUCCAUAAGUUUGCCCGAAAACAGGCCACACUUUGGCAUCAGGAUUUUCAGGAGCCUAAGGACAAUGUACAACCCAUGACGAAUCCCCAGGUUGUCCCCGAAAAGCAGGGCAAAAAGAAGCCCAAAAGGAAGGAGGACCGUAGAUCUGUGGAACCGCCACGAUUCCGGAUGGUCGUCAAAACCCGUACCCCUGUUCCCCGUCCCUCAACCCCCGUUUGUAGCUAUUCCGGACAGCUGGACAUGCCGCCGGUAAUCGCCGGACCCAGUGUCUACAUGGGGUCCCUUCGUAAAUCCGCCUCGGAGUCUUGGCGGACCUUUUCCAGUGGCAGCACCCAAUAAUUGGUGGCUAAUUUCAGGUGGCAGGACACCAAGACAGCGUUGUGAAUUGCCCUUUUAUCCAAGUUAAUUUUUGCAUACAUUUAUGAAUACAUUUGGCUGAGCUCCUCGCGGGGCUCUGGGAUAUUAUAGUAUACUUUAAAAUUAUUGACGUUGAA